AUAGAGAGGGGAUAUUUUGGUCAAUAUGGGUACCUUUAUACCCUUAAUCGCCGAGAGAGAGAGUCUCUCUACUCUAUUCAUCCGUCGAUAAACAAAAAAAAACCCAGAAGGCUCUUAAAAUCCGCAGUUCCUCACCGCAGCCGCAGCCACAGCCACAGCCACAUCUAUGUCUACCUCCGCCCAAACCAUGUCUUCCUUGUUCCCGGAAUUCGCUAAAGCUGAGACAGGAGUCUUCUGGGACCUGGAUGAUUGCCCAAUCCCUAAAGAUCUAACACCUGCUUCAAUCUCUGAUAACAUCAAAUUAGCUCUCAAGAAUAAUGGUUACACCGGUAAGGUUACCAUAGUUGCUUAUACUUCUUCUAGUGGUGGGGAGCAGCAGAUCAAUAAAGAAGAGUUUGAAUCUGCCAACAUCAAGCUUAUCCAGCCAGAUUGGAGAUGGUCAAACAUGAACUCCAUGUUUAAAGAUGUCUGCAUGUGGGGAAUCAAUCACAGAGACAAUCGAACCAAUUUGUUGAUCAUCUCCAACGAAGACGACAUCUCCUACGAUGAAGAUUUUGUGGAUAUAUUGGUGCUUUUCAAGAAAAGAGACAACAAUAUCCUCCUGUCUCACCCUCGAAACGCAUCAGGUCUGCUUCUCUCUACUGCAACAUCGGUUUGGCUUUGGAACAGCUUAUCGAAUGGAGGGAAUCCUAUCAAUAAAACCGGAAGCAGCUUUUGUCCUCGAUGUGCCAAAUGGAAUCAGCUGAAGAAGAAACGUCGGAUCAACAAACUCUCCAGCAAGUUUCUGGCGACGCUGUCUCGUACGAGGAAGAAGACAGGCUAUUAAAGAACGAACACUAGUCCCGCCGGCUAUUAAGGAACAUACAGUAAUGCUUUUUCUAUUUUUAAUUUUAGUUAAACUUGUUUGAACAAUAUGUAAUCUUUGUUUAUACUAGUAAUCUUUUGAAUUAGUGUUAUUUUAAUUAGCUUGCGCCAAUUUGCUUA